CUCGAUCGCCCCACUCGACGACCCAAAGGUUCAAGUGUAGUUGUACUCUCGUUUUGUGAAUUUUUCACUUCAUACUUCAAACUUACAAUGGCUGACGAAGACGUUGCUGCUUUGGUUGUUGACAACGGAUCUGGUAUGUGCAAAGCUGGUUUCGCUGGWGACGAUGCUCCACGAGCCGUCUUUCCUUCCAUCGUUGGGAGACCUCGUCAUCAAGGCGUUAUGGUUGGCAUGGGCCAAAAGGACUCUUACGUUGGAGACGAGGCCCAAAGCAAGAGAGGUAUCCUUACCUUGAAAUACCCCAUCGAACACGGAAUCGUYACCAACUGGGACGAUAUGGAAAAGAUUUGGCAUCACACUUUCUACAACGAACUUCGUGUUGCUCCAGAGGAACAUCCCGUUCUUCUAACCGAAGCUCCAUUGAACCCCAAGGCAAAUCGUGAAAAGAUGACUCAGAUCAUGUUCGAGACCUUCAACAGCCCUGCUAUGUAUGUAGCUAUCCAGGCCGUCUUGUCCCUGUACGCUUCUGGACGUACCACUGGUAUUGUMAUGGACUCUGGUGAUGGUGUUUCUCACACAGUACCCAUCUAUGAGGGUUAUGCUCUGCCCCACGCCAUCCUCCGUCUUGACUUGGCUGGUCGUGACUUGACUGACUACCUCAUGAAGAUCCUGACAGAGAGAGGCUACUCUUUCACCACCACUGCUGAACGUGAGAUUGUCCGUGACAUCAAGGAGAAGCUCUGCUAUGUUGCCUUGGACUUYGAGCAGGAGAUGCAGACUGCUGCUGCCAGCUCAAGCCUUGAGAAGAGCUAUGAAUUGCCUGAUGGACAGGUCAUCACCAUUGGCAAUGAGAGAUUCCGAUGCCCAGAGGCCAUGUUCCAGCCCUCAUUCCUUGGUAUGGAAUCUGCUGGUAUCCAUGAAACAACCUACAACUCCAUCAUGAAGUGUGAYGUUGAUAUCCGUAAGGACCUGUAYGCUAACACUGUCYUGUCUGGUGGCUCCACCAUGUACCCAGGUAUCGCUGACCGUAUGCAGAAGGAAAUUGCCAACCUUGCCCCACCAACCAUGAAGAUYAAGAUCAUUGCUCCACCAGAGAGAAAAUACUCUGUAUGGAUUGGAGGMUCCAUCCUUGCUUCYCUGUCCACCUUCCAACAGAUGUGGAUCUCCAAGCAAGAGUAUGACGAAUCUGGUCCAGCCAUUGUCCACAGGAAAUGCUUCUAAACUUUACUUCAAGAAAACUAGUUGUUUGUAUACCUGCAAAUGAACUGUUUAUAUUUUGGGUCGUGUGCUAAGUCAACAAAUUAAAGAUUGAUAUUUAUAUUGUACAAAAUGAAUGAAUAAGAUGAAGUAAUUUGAAAAAAAUUGGAUAUGUCAGUUGAAUAAGUUUUGAUAGCAGUAAUAAAUCCUGCCAUUUUUUUAUAA